AUGAGGGUAAAAGUGUUCCGUAAUUUCGAUCCCAACCUUCGAACCCAAGAGAAAGUCGUCGCGUAUUCAAGCGUUGUUGUUCUACAAAAAAAACUAAGUCGAGGCCCUCCGAAAUUCACUGUCGGCCCGUUACCCAGCCCUCGCCCACUCGUCCUUUACGGUGACUGCAACCUACGCGUGGGCCUCCUGACCCAAUCUGAAGGGUCCGUUAAUGACGACGAAGCCGAAUACUUUAGGUUCAUAGUCUACACUCGCGUCCGCCUGGAGCUGCCCCUCCCAGCUUUGUACUUCAGGAACUGCAUGGAGUUAGUUGUUGUGGAGAUUAAGCACGGUAUGCUGAGGUGUGGAGACGGGUUUUUCACCGCUGGGAAAAUGAUUGGAGAGUUUAUUGCGAACAAGGUGAAUAAGGAGGAGCUGCUAAAAGAUGCAUAUGAGUGGCUGGUGAAGCAUUGGCCAUUGAUCGACAAACGAGCCUUUGGGGUGUCGGGCUCGCUAAGGUUCGAUUUGUAUGGUGGUGUGGAUUUCGGGCUGGGGAAGCCCUCGAAGUACGACGUAGUGUCGACUGAUAAGGAUAGGUCGAUGUCGCUUUGUAAAUCGAUGGAUUUCAAGGGAGUUUGCUGA